UGCACUUUUCCAGCCUACUCCUGUCCAAAACCACACGUUAACGUUUGGCUCUCGAGAAGUUCAGAAAAUGAGCCGGAGUCUUGGGAGAGGGGCGGGGCGGGACGGGACGGCUUUAGGAGUCCCUUGGCGCAGCGCACCGUCACCACCGGGUCGCUACAGACAGGACGGUGAUUGUGAAGCCGCAGCCUUGUUGUACCGAGCGCGCGCGACUCUCCCGAGUCUUCCAAGUGUCCGGGAGCCGCAGGAUUUCCACCUUUCCGUCCGGCGCGAGCUUGGAUCACAUCGCUACAGUUUUUAUUCUGUUUUUUUAACACGGCGAAGCCGGAGGUUCAUGCUAAAAGGAUCCUCGUCUUUCCACUUCGCUAUAAUUCUGUGCUGCUUGUUUUACACGAAUCGCACAAGUACGUCAGGCUCUAUUCCUGUUGAGCUCCAAAUAUAGCUGGAGCAGAGCCAACUACUGUACUCUCGGGGUGACUAGUCUGCCAAACAAAGUAUACAUUGAUUAAAUAUCACCGAUUUGGUGCAAAGGUCUCUUCUUUAAGUCGCAGCUGUUCUCUAACCUCUCGAAAUGUCGAUUUUUGUAGUUGGGUUUUAAACCGCGUCUGUCACGUGUGGUUUUCUGCGCGGUGUGUGUCACUGUGUGUGGGGGCAGUUAGUGUUAAGUUGAUCUGUCCUGGGCACUCGGAGCUCUCCGUCCCGCUGUUACUAAUAAUACAUUACAUCAGUAUAACGGAGUCAUUCGCCUUACUUUUAGUCCUUUGCUUCUCACUGAGUGAAAACUUUUUGUAAUCUGCCUGCUGUGUAGUGUUAUUAACGCGCAGUAGAUCGUUGUGUAUUUUGAGAAAUAUUAAUUAAUAUUUGGGAGUCGACGUUUUCACGGUAAACUUGUCAGUGUCGCAUAAGAACGUUUUUUUGUAGUAAAAGCGUGUCCGCUGCGGGCUGAAAUGUCCUCCCGUCUCCGGCUGUGGGCGUCCGUGCUGCUCGCGCUCUGCGCGCUCGUGCGCCAGACUGCUUCUGAUUAUGGCCCCGGGUCCAGUUCCAGUUCCGGUUCCGGUCCCGUAAACUCGGACGGAGUGCUGGCCGAGGUUCGGAGCGCGCUCACGGAGUUGUGCGAGAGCGCGCACCGGUACGUGGUGUCCGUCGUCGGGAAGCAGACGGUUGAAAGAACGGUGGAGAAUGCACAGUUGUGCCUCGACUCCCUUCCUGGCCACGAUAAAGUGCAAACGGUGUUAGAGUGCAUUCAAGUGGCAAUCAGGUUUCUGUCAGAGGGAGCAGCCAGUGGACUGAAUGUGAUCGCUGUGUAUGUCACUGAGAUCCUGAGAGCGACGGGAAUAAACGUCCAGCUGCCCUUUCCUCAUUUCACACCGGAAGGCGUGGCCUCGGUGGCUCAGUGGGCUCUGCUGGCACUGACUGGCUACUGGCUCCUGUCCCUCAUCCUCCGAUUGGCCUUCUUGCUAAUUAGGCGGGUGCUGUGGCUGUUGAAACUGUGCGUGGCACUGUGGUUAUUCGUGCUCAUCGUAAGCGACACCAGCGCCAGUACAGACAUCACGGCAUGGAGACUGGCGUGCCUGGUGGUCGCCUGUGUUCUGCUCGGGCUGGGCCGAGUCAGGACCGAAGGAGACCGGUCCAGUCACCUGGAGGGCCGCCUGAAAAGCUUCGAGGGACGGCUGCGGGAGGUGGAACGCAGGAGAAAAAGGGACUAAAUGCACGCAGAAGGGGAGUUGUGUCACUGUAUUUGACAAUCUGUAAUAAAAUAAUCGUUGU